CGCUAGUGCUGUUUGAGAGUCUGCUGCUUGUCCUGUUGAUAUUCGUGUGGGGCAAGUACAGCGGAGACAUCUACCAGCGUUUCCUGUCUACCGACACUGUGGUUGAUGAACUAAGGGAGGACGUGUCCCAGUUGAAGUUGCCCAAAUCGUACACCCCGCGCAUAUAAUGAGCGAUAAAUUGAAAAAAUUUUUUCAAAAAAAAAAAGCUGACGUCAAAUUCAAAAGAGCGGGGCCCGGUCACCGUUUGAAUGAAGGUGCCGCCACAGCCAAGAACGUAGCCAAACCGGGCGAGACGUCUCGUGCCUGUAGAGUUGAACCUACCGAUGAAGCCAAACAGGCGGCAGCUGCAGCCUUGGCCCGGUUUGAGAGUAARAAGACCACCACUGGCCCUCUUAACAUUUCGUUGGCUGCCAUCAAGUCAAGAGCUAGAAAAGAAAUGGAAGCUGAGAGAAAAAACAUGAAUCAAAACAUAGAUACAUUUACACGUUCAGAAGAAGAAAUUACAAAUGCGGAAGUCCCUGGCCAGUUAGCUGCUAGUGGUAUUUUUUUCCAAUGCCCAAUGAUAGGCUUGGAAGUCUUGCCACAAGAAGAAUGGCAUGUAAAAAUUGAAGAAUUUAUAAAAGAACAAAUGAAAGAUGAUCCUAUACUACAAUCGAUUCUACUAAUCCAAAACUGCAAUCACAAUAGGACCAAGGUUGAAGAGUGUAUUAAGUUGCUGGUAACAUAUGCAGAAAAUAUCAUUAGGAAUAAGGAUGAAGAAAAAUAUCGGAAAAUCAGAUUAACGAAUAAGACAUUUGUGGAAAAAGUGUUGCCAAUUAAAGGAGCAAUUGAGUUCUUAGAAUCUAUUGGUUUUGUUAAAAAAAGACUUAUGUACCAAGAACAAGAAGAAGAUUUUUUAGUUUUCCCAGAAGAAUGUUUAAGUGAUUUAGCUUCAGUGCAGACCACUGUGGACGAUUUGCAGUCUGCAGAACGCAUUCAAUUGGUCUUGGAUAGAAAUGCUCAGGUUCUUUUACCGUCACAAGCAUCAAAACAAGUGUCAUUACCUCCAGAGUUUUUCAUAAUCUCUACUGCUGAAAUUAAAGCAGAACAUCAAAAAAGAACUGAAAAAUUGGAGAGUGAAAUGAUUUUAAAAACUAAAAAUAUGCGUAUGAAAGAGCAAAACAGAUAUAAAUCAAAUUACAAGUACUGUUUAAUUCGAGUGAAGUUUCCUGACUGUUUGAUUUUACAGGGUACAUUUGGUGUCAAUGAGCAUUUGUCCGACGUACUCGAAUUUGUCAAAGAAAGCGUAUUUGACGAAGAACGUCCAUUCAAGCUGAUACAACCCAGUGGAAGUACGUUUGGUAUCGAGCACGAGAACAUGACCUUAAGCGAUUUGAACUUAGUGCCUACCACUGUUUUACUUUUUACAAAUGAUCCCCCUGAAAAUAAUGAGGAACAUCCUUAUUUAAAAGACGAGCUCAUGGCGUUGGUUCAAUAACUUUUAAUUACAUUUUUUUUUUUCUAAUCAAUUGUGAUAAAUUUCAAUAACCAAUUUAAUUGUGUAUUGUUUAACUUAUACUUGGGUACAAUCAAUGAAUAUAUUUAAUUAGUUUCUUUUUGACUUUGUUAAUUAUAUAAUAUAAUUUAUCUCAUACUUUGUUACA